CCCUCCCUCCCCUCUAAUCUCCGGUCCACCCUCCACACGCACAUCUCUCUCUCAUUCUGCCCACGCCUCGCGGCCCCUUUAAUCCCAUGCCUCCGCCGCCGCCGCCGUCGCGCCGCUCUCCGUGGUGCUGAAUCCCUGUCCUGCAAAGUUCGCCCCGCCGCCCAGAGGCCCCGGCCGCCCUUCCUCCUCCUCCUCUUCCUCUCCUCUCCCUUCCUUGGAGUCGGAGCUCUCUCUCCAGGGUCUCCUCGGGGGCCCCGGAGGGCUUGGAGGAAUUGGGCGCGCCCCGAUGCCUCCCCCACCCCGUCCCACGCAGGAGGCCGGCAGGAGCGCGCGUGGGCGAGUUGGUGGCGGGACGGAGAGGAGGCUGAGCUGAGAGGAAGAGGAGGAAGAAGAAGAGGAGAAGAAGGAGAAGAAGAAGAAGGAGAAGAAAGAGGAGAAAGAGAACAAGAAGGAGAAGAAGAAGGAAAGAGGAGAAAGAUAACAAGGGAGAAGGAGAAGGAGGAGGAGGAGGAGGGUAACGGUGCGGACGGAGAGGAAGGAAAGAAAGAAAGAGAGAGAGAGAGAGGGAAGAAAGGAAAGAAGAAAGAGAAGAGGGCAGAGCAGACCUCCAGAGGCCUCAAAGAAAGGGAGAAAGCGAAUCUCCAGAGACCCCAAAGAAAGGGAGAAAGUAGAUCUCCAGAGACCCCCCUAAAGAGAGAAAGCAGAUCUCCAGAGACCCCAAAGAAAGGGAGAAAGCAGAGCUUCAGAGACCCCAAAGAAAGGGAGAAAGCAGACCUCCAGAGACCCCAAAGAAAGGGAGAAAGCAGAUCUCCAGAGACCCCAAAGAAAGGGAGAAAGCAGACCUCCAGAGACCCCAAGGGAAGGGAGGAAGCAGACCUCCAGAGAGCAGAAGGAAAGAGGAGCAGAGCCCCAAAGGAAAAGGAGACAGAUCCAAAGGAAAGGGAGGCAUCCCAGGCUUCUAAAGACCCCAAAGAAAGGGGACAGACCAAACGCCCAAGAUCCCAAAGGGAAAGGGAUCAGAGCAGACUUCCAGAGAGAAGGAAUAGCGGGGAAACAGAUCUCCAGAGUCCAGGAGGAAAGAGGGGCAGAGCCCCAAAGGAAAAGGAGACAGACCCGAAGGAAAGGCUUCCAGAAACCCCAAAGAAAGGGGACAAACCAAACGCCCAAGAUCCCAAAGAGAAAGAGAUCAAAGCAGACUCUUAGAGACGAGAAAGAAUAGCGAGGAAACAGAUCUCAGAGUCCAGAAGGAAAGAGAAGCAGAGCCCCAAAGGAAAAGGAGACAGAUCCAAAGGAAAGGGGGUCAUCCCGGACUUCCAAAGACCCCAAGGAAAGGGGACAGAUCCAAAGGAAGGGGAGGCAUCCAAGGCUUCCAAAGACCACAAGGAAAAGGAGACAGAUCCAAAGGAAAGAGAGGCAUCCAAGGCUUCCAGAGACCCCAAGGAAAGGGAACAGACCAAACACCCAAGAUCCCAAAGAGAAAGGGAUCAGAGCAGAAUACCAGAGAGGUGAAGGAAGAGCGGGGAAACAGAUCUCCAGAGGACAGAAGGAAAGGGGAGCUGACUAGCCCUCCAGAGACUCGAAGGAAAGGAGCGCAGAGCAGAUCUCCAGAGACCCACGGGAAGGGAGCCAGACCCAAACCCUUUCCUUUCCUCUGGCCCCCACUUACCCACCCACCUACCCACCUCCUCCUCCUCCGGCC